ACAAAAUAAUUAUAUAAUAAAAAAUUUAAGUUCAAAUGGUGAGGUUUGGGUCUGGUUUUUACUAAUAAAUGAAAGUUAAGCCAAAAUAAUAAUAAUUGUGUCACUUAAUGCAAAAGCAGGCAGAAAUGCAUGCAAACAGAACCAUAGCCUGGAAAAUAAAUAAAGAUGGUAGAGUUAAAAAGUGCACAAUAAGCCUGUUUUAACGUUACCUGUUUAAAAAGAGUUCGUAUUUUAAUAUCGUAAAGAACAUAACGUAGUGAAACACCACAUAGACUGACGUAUGAUUCUGUAUGUAUGUAGUGUCAGUGUCAAGUAUCCGCAAUAAAGUACACCAAUCGCCAGGCCCAAUGAUUGCACUGUCAAAACAGAAAGGCGGGGCUCAUUUAUGACAGACAGUACAAGUGAGCCAACGAGAAUAGGGAUAAUGUGUUAACUGGCGCAACAGACAACUGGUGGUCCAAUUGGAGAACGCGACAGUGUAACGACUUCGGGCUCGACUAAUAAAAAAUCGUCGUCAAGGCAAUGACGUUAAUACAACAUUGGCCAAUCACAGUGUAAAAAGCCGCUUGCGAUUAGGAAGGGGGCGGGACCUGCCGAAAUACGGGUGGGAAAAAAUAACGCAGCUCUGGGUGAUGGUGAAGAUGGCGGAUGGGGAUAGUGGGAGUGAGCGCGGUGGAAGCAGCGGUGGUGGUGGAGGAGGAGGGGUUGGAGGUAGCGGUUUCCAGCCUUUCCAGAGGGAUCAAGAAACCCAGGAGCUUGCGUCCAAGCGUCUGGACAUCCAAAAUAAACGUUUCUACUUGGACGUGAAGCAAAACUCGAAGGGCAGGUUCAUCAAGAUCGCCGAGGUUGGCGCUGGGGGCUCCAAAAGUCGCUUGACACUUUCCAUGUCAGUGGCCGCGGAGUUUCGGGACUACCUGGGGGAUUUCAUUGAGCAUUACGCCCAGCUCGGGCCCAGCACACCGGAGCAGAUCGCGCAGUCCUCGAGCGGAGAGGACGGCGGGCCUAGACGGGCCCUGAAGAGCGAGUUCUUAGUGCGCGAAAACCGCAAAUACUACCUCGACCUGAAGGAAAACCAGCGGGGGAGGUUCCUUAGAAUUCGCCAGACCGUCAAUCGCGGGCCCGGUGGGUUUGGCGUCGCGGGAGGCGUGCCCGGGGGGGGCAUGCAAUCCGGGCAAACCAUUGCCCUUCCUGCUCAGGGUCUCAUCGAGUUCCGCGACGCCUUGGCCAAGCUGAUCGAUGACUACGGCGGAGAUGACGAGGAGCUGGUCGGGAGCGGCUUCGCCGGGGGUUACAGUGAGCUACCCGAGGGCACGUCGAUCACGGUGGACUCCAAGCGGUUCUUCUUCGACGUCGGCUCUAACAAGUACGGGGUGUUUCUGCGGGUGAGCGAGGUGAAGCCCAGUUACAGAAACUCGAUCACGAUACCCUUCAAAGCGUGGGGCAAGUUCGGGGGAGCUUUCUCCCGCUACGCCGAGGAGAUGAAGGAGAUCCAGGAUCGUCACCUAGAUAAAGUGUACGAGAGGAGAGGGGAAGAGGAAUCGGAGGCGGAUGACAUCGACGACGACUGACCCGGGCGACCCCGCAGAACGAGAGAGAGAGAGAGAGAGAGAGGAAAGAUUUUACGUGCAUGAAACGAAACUUUAAUGCUCAAACUAAGGCGAAUAAAGAUGUUUGACGGAGAAACAAUGUCAUAUAUAUGUAAGAGAAUAUCCUUUUAAAGCAGUAUAGAUGAUGUUUGGUUAGAUACAUGGAUAUUGGAUGCUCUAGAUGCUCUUGUCAUUUUUAAAGUUCCCCUCUUGCAAAAAAGAAACCCCUUCUCACCCAUUUAACUCAGAGGCUGUUCACAAAUAAGUCAACAUUGAGGACAUUUAGUGUUAGUGUAUCACAAUAUGAUGAUCUAGAUGUUUUUGGUGUUUAUGAUGGAGAGCCUACCAGCAUCAUCUGAAUGAUGUAGUGAAUCUCAUAGUUAGUUCAUUCAGGAAGUGUUCUCUGAAAAAAAUGUUUGUGUAUGUAUAUAAAUAUAUAACUCGGUUAUAAAUGCGUAGAAGUUGGAGGUUUUAGUCGUUAAACUUGUGGACACAGAAUACAGUUCAAACAACAAUGUAAACACAGUCAAAAUGGUGCUAUAAAAUAGCGCUCCACCACCUAAGUAUUGAGGUUCAUGUGGGGUGUGAAUUUAAUUUUCCUCCUGUUUUUUGUCAGGAUAGAGCAAGUCAAAUCUCUGAUCGGACAUAGGGUUAAUGUAUGUCAUAAAUUGCUAUGGAAUGAGCACAUCGAAAUUGACAAGUAGAUGGGUUGAGCACAAAUGAGGCUGAAGCCACUUAUACGCUCAUAUAUUGUUAAAUUUGUUAUUAAUACUGGGUUCAAUUUAAAGGGAAUGAUGCGUCCACAUUCGACUGGUAGCUUUAUAUCAGAGCAUCUGGUAAAUUGAGCAUGUGGAGUGCUUUGACACCCUAACUGGAAAGAAACACAAAUGUAGAACAUCACCCACCUGGGUUUAAAUAGAUUUAUUUUUAAAAACAAUGAACAGAAAAAAUAUAUAUAUACAGAAAUAUAUUUAUAUAGAUAUAGAAGCAAUUAUAAAUCCUUCCUGAACAGGCUAUUUAAACAAAUAAAACUCGGAUGCAAUUAUAUAGGGUAAUAUUUCUUACUGAUUUUCCAUACAUUUCCUAUGGUCCUAUGGUUAGAAGAGAAUAGGAAAAAUGACAAAAUAACAAAGUAUAUCAAAUGAACUUGACAAUGACAACAGUUUUUGUACCUUUUUUCAACAGCCCAAAUGACAUGAUAAGAAGUUUUUAUUAACAGUCUAUUCCUCCUUAUGUUAUUAAAUUAUUUUUUUGGUUUGACAUUUCUGACCAACAAGGGUCUUACUACAAUCUGCCUAUACACUCCUAGAUUUUUCAAUAUGUGUGUUCCUGUUUGCAACUCCCUAUGUUUUUUUCUUAUUGCUGUGAUAGGGUAUUAUAAAUGUUUUGACAAAGAUUGAUAUCAGUUUCCUGAUGUUUAUUUCGAUUAAUUCUUUGAUCUUAAAGAAUUAGCCACACACAACACCUUGGAGCCAUAGUGAUUUUUACUCAUUUUAAUAUCCAUAUGAGUUUCGACCUCAUUCUUGUCUGUACUGUGUUAUGUGAAUAAGGCAGCUGUUCAGUCAAGUGUGUUCUGCUGUAAUUCGCCACAAACUUCCUUUGAACAAUAAAAAUAAUUUCUUUGCUGAGAAAUAAA